GGUAGUUAGGGCUUGGUUUGGUAGAAGCCAAAAAUGAACCAACCCCCAACCCAACCGAACCCAGAAGGCAGCGACCUGUCACAGCAGCCACCACCUCCUCUCCACACAGAAGUAGAAGAUGAUGAUGAGAAUGUAAAACAACUCAAAGAUUGCUCUGUUAUCUACCUAUCCUUACAGGAUUGCCUUGUUAAGACUGACAGGAAUUGGAAAUCUUGUCAAGUGGAAGUCCAGGCCUUGAAGGCAUGCAAUGAGAGGAGGAAUAAUGGCAGAGGAAAGUGAGAUCAUAGCAAAGAUGAGCUUCAAUUAGGAUUUCUAAUAUGUAUGAAUUUUUAUUUUAUUUUUUAUGAACUAAUAUGUAUGAUUUUUGGGUUUUAUUAUUUGACUGAAUCUUUAAAUGAAAUGGUAACCAUUUCUUGGUUGUUUUGCAUACAA